UGUGAACCCGAAAACGGAUGGGGAAGACCAAGAAUGGGGAGGUUGAACAAACGUGGAAUAAAGUGACUAAACGGUGUUACGGUAAAAGGUGGUUUGGCGGGUUCAGCCGCCAGUUCCUCAGCCGAGGCGAACCGUUCGAGAGAGUGAGAGCACGUAGAGCGAGCGAAGAAUUGCUGGAACAUGGGUACAUAGGUGAUGUGGGCAUGGUGCUUCCCGGUUUCCCAGGCCGAGGAUUUGGUACUGAGGAAAUAUUGCGCUUUUGUGACAUACUUGGCCAAGAUACUGCAAUGAACGGUAGCCAAAAUGUGGUCGGUGUCUGACCGUAUACUGCUUCGAAAGCUUCAUUGCUGCGACCCUACUGCGAAGAAGCGCAAUUUCGCCGAAUCGAGGGUCAGUUCGGGUUGACGACUCGGGAUAAGUGAGACACUCGUUUUUCAUCGCUGCGAAUACAUUACCGAAACUACCAGAUGUUUCCUGUGAAAAGCGUUCGAACGCAGCGUCAGCUGUGGUGGCUAGUUCUUUCAGGGGCAUCAUUUACGGCAACGGCUCUAAGUGACGUGCAAGCCAAAGCUUUGUUUACUCCAUCUGCGAUCAAUGCUGAUCAACGCGCUGAAUUUCGCGGAGCAAAAUUGACGACUUGGGAUUACCAAGCUUGAGAUCAUUGACCCGUUCCAAUAGAUCCCCUGCACUGGGUUGUGACUCCUUUAAAAUCGCCUGCUUCAUCAUUUCGUACUUUGUCUCCUU